AUGGAGGGGAAAGAAGAGGAUGUGAGAGUGGGAGCUAACAAGUUCCCAGAGAGGCAGCCGAUCGGGACAUCGGCUCAGUCGGACAAGGACUACAAGGAGCCACCACCUGCGCCACUGUUCGAGCCAGGGGAGCUGAGCUCGUGGUCUUUCUGGAGAGCCGGAAUCGCAGAGUUCAUAGCCACGUUCCUCUUCUUGUACAUCACAGUGUUGACAGUGAUGGGAGUGAAGAGAGCCCCAAACAUGUGUGCCUCUGUCGGAAUCCAAGGCAUUGCUUGGGCCUUUGGUGGCAUGAUCUUUGCCCUCGUCUACUGCACUGCUGGAAUCUCUGGUGGACACAUAAACCCGGCGGUGACAUUCGGUCUGUUCUUAGCUCGGAAACUGUCGCUGACGAGAGCUGUCUUCUACAUGGUGAUGCAGUGCCUCGGAGCCAUCUGCGGCGCCGGAGUCGUCAAAGGAUUCCAGCCCACGCCAUACCAAACUCUUGGCGGCGGAGCCAACACCGUAGCUCACGGCUACACUAAGGGCUCCGGACUCGGCGCUGAGAUCCUCGGAACCUUCGUCCUCGUCUACACCGUCUUCUCCGCCACUGACGCCAAGAGAAGCGCGCGUGACUCCCACGUCCCGAUUUUGGCUCCCCUUCCAAUCGGAUUCGCAGUGUUCUUGGUUCACUUGGCAACGAUUCCAAUCACGGGAACUGGGAUUAACCCAGCUAGGAGUCUUGGAGCUGCAAUCAUCUACAACAAGGACCACUCUUGGGACGACCACUGGAUAUUCUGGGUGGGACCAUUCAUUGGAGCAGCUCUUGCGGCUCUUUACCACACCCUCGUGAUCAGAGCCAUUCCAUUCAAGUCCAGGUCCUGA